GAACUUUUUUUUACCCAUCGUAAACAUUAUAUUAGUGUUAUUGUGAAUCGUUUUAAUUAGAAUUCUUCGAAGGCCCAAAUCAGUUCAAUUUAUUUAUUUAGUCUUCCAGCGAUUGCAAGAUUUUAGUGAACCAUGGAAGAAGGCUUGAGUUACAUCAAAGGCAGCACCGACGAGCCCCUCGCCUCCUUCACCAUAGGCCAAUACAUCGAGAAAUUUUCCGAGAACUUCCGCGACGAAGUCAUCGUAAUAUCCAGAGAGCAGAAGAAGAAAUUGACAGUCAAUCAACUGUUGGAGGAAAGCGACAAAUUCGCCAGCGGCCUGUACAGCUUGGGCCUGAAACGAGGCGAUUACGUGGGGAUCAUCGUGAAAAACUCCGUGGAAGCUCUAAUCGUGAACUUCGCUUGCAUCAGAGGAGGAUUCGUCACGGUAAACCUCCAUCCAGCGCUUCAACCCCGCGAGAUCGAAGGCUACUUGAACACCUUGGAAGUGCGUUGUAUCGUGUGCGUGGACAAAUACAAGGGGUUUAGCAUUAUCGACUCGCUGAAGAAAGUAGUACCGGAGAUCGGGUGCUCGCCUUCGGUGACAAUCGAGUCCAAAAGUGUGCCGUCUUUGAAACGCCUCGUCGUUAUAUCCGAUAAACAAUACGAAGGAACCAUCCAGUAUGAGGCUCUGAUGUCCUACUCGGGCGAAUCCGCUUCCAAAGAAACGUUGGAAAACAACAAGAAAUUAAUAGACCCUCACGAUAUAUUCGCGAUAAUAUUCACAUCGGGAAGCACCGGAAAUUCAAAAAUAGUGGGCCUUACCCAUCACCAAUUAACGAAUUGUAUGUACUUUUUGAGGAAGCGAUUUCCAGCGAUAAAACGCGGCGACAAACUUUGCUUCCAUUUGCCUCUAUUCCACAUCUUCGGCUUGGGUUUCAGCUGCAUUGGCAUCGCCAACGGGAUAACCAUCGUCCUGCCAUCGCUCUAUUACGAUCCCAGGAUGAACUUGGAGGCUAUCAGCGAGGAAAAUUGUGCUUUAUUAAUCGGUACGCCUACCAUGUUUUCCGAUUUAAUCGCCAUCCAGAAGGAGCUAAACCUGCCGAUUUCGCCUAAAAUAGCGAUGCCAGGAGGAGCUGGAGCUCCUGCGUCAUUAUACACCGAUGUCCUGAAAAUCCUACACGUUAAACAAGUUCAGAUCGGUUACGGUUUGAGCGAAGCUGCUGCUGCAACAUGGCCAGAUGCUAGCAUUUUAAACGAUUUUACCACCACCGGGCGGCUAAUGGACCAUCUAGAAGCCAAAAUCGUAGACGAAAGCGGCAAUUUAGUGCCGAUAGGAACACCCGGUGAGCUGUUACUAAGAGGGUAUUCGGUUAUUAAGAAGUACUUGCACUACCAGGCCGAGACGUUGGAGGACGAUGGCUGGUUCAGGACCGGGGAUAUGGUGUCGGUGGAUGGCGAUGGAAAAUUCCACGUAACGGGAAGAUUCAAAGACAUAAUCAACAGGGGAGGUGAGAAAAUCAGCCCAGGCGAAGUGGAGAUGAUUCUGGAGAGCCACCCGAGCAUCCAGGAGGUUUACGUCGUCGGGACCAAGCACGAUCGACUGGGAGAAGAAGUUUGUGCUUGCUGUAAAUUAAAACCGGAUUCCACCCUGACGUUGGAAGAGAUCAAGGAGUACUGCAAAGGGAAAUUGUCCUACUACAAAAUACCGUCGAGGAUCGAGAUAAUGGACGCCUUUCCGAAAACUCUCAUUGGGAAAAUCCAAAAGAACAAGCUUGCCCAAUCGUUAAGCGAAACUGCAUAACUUCUACGUGAGUUUUUAAUUGUAAAGCAAUUUUUUUAUUGAUGUAGAUAGAAUAACUAAAUCGUUUUCGAGAUCUUUAUUAAAACAAUUGACUUCAACAGAAUUACAAUACCUUCGAAAUUAAACAAGUUCUUCGAACCAUCCGAACAAAAAAAAAUGGCAUUAGUUUCGUAAUCUAACUACAAUAUAUGUACGUUAUCUUUAGUUUAUGUUUCAACAUGUUUAACACGCCGUUAAAUCUAUUUUAUUGGAAUGUUUUAAAUGCCGUAUUUUAUCGAAAAAUAUCAUCACUCCGUGCGCGUUGAUAUUUUUCCUAGCUUUAUAUUCGAUUUAUACAUUGCGGCAAUGUUUGAUAUAUUCGUUAAAUAUAUAGGCUUAUUUAAAUUUUAUUCGCCAUAACAAUUAUAGUUCAAUAACUACUAUUUGUCUUUUUUUUAAAUACAUAAAUUCGUAAUAUACAAUUUACAUGCUUAUGUUCAAUUUUUACAAAAUCCAAGCAGCUACGGUACGAAUUCGUUCAUAUUCUAACGUAAGCCAUGUUAUUCAAUGCAACAGGUCUCUUCAAACUUUCGCUAACAAAUCAACAGUUAAGCUUUAACAAAAGUGCUUUAAAAAUCAUAUAAUAAACAUUUAUUUAGCAAUUAAAAUUUUGCUAGUUUGAAGAACCCUGAUUUACGAUUUACAAAAAAAAUAAUAACUUGUAAAAAAUUAGUAUUAGUUUUAGUAAUUUUCUAGUAUUUUUAUAAUAGACAUUUCAUGUAAUGUAGAGAUGCUCUUUGGAGGUAUUUCGUGUCGAAUAUUAAGUAUAAUUAGGCGUACAUAAAAGUAAAUAUUUCAAAAAAAUAUGUCCGUAAUAAAAUCAGUCUUUAAAACAGCGAAUUUAUAAAACAAUUUUAACUUAAACUAUUUCUUAAAUAAUAAACUUUAUUUACAUUCCAUCAACUAAAAAUUAAUAAGUGCUCCAAACAUCCAUCGAACCCACGAAAAAAAUUCAAUUUAAUCGUUCUCUAAAAAUAUUCUCCGGUUACGCGGGCUUCUCUUAUUGUACACACAAAAAUGAAUACGAUCAUUACACCUUGUUAGGUAACAGUUUCGUUACGUUAACAUUUUACCAUGAACAUAUAAAAGCGUUUCGAUCGGAAUCCCUUCGGAAAUCCCCAGUUUUCCUUCAUUGCCUGCAAGUCUGGCAACACUGCUGCUGGUACCUCAUUAUCUUGCACAUGUUCAUCAUUUUCACGUUCGGGCAG